AUGUCUAAAAGCUCGUCCAGGUUCCUCUUUUUUAACUUUGUAAAAUCUGCUUCCAUUUUCAAUAUUUUUUUUCAUGGAGCACAUCCAGAGUCUCUCACAUCUUCAGGCCUGGCCCCUGUAUUAAUAAGAAGAUGGGUCCUCUCUAAUGUAAGAUGCUUAUACAAUAUUCUGUGUAAGGUAUAA